GAUACAGGAAGUGUACUUUGGACUACUGGGUUUAACCGUAUAAGUGGAAUCUCUGAAGACAGGAAAUGCAUUUUUGUUACGUUUUAAAGAUUUCAGCCAUUCUCUGAAAAUAUUUCAGUUCUCCUCUGUAAAUGUUAGUUACACUGUCUAUAACAGAACUGGUGCUACUGUGUAAAACAUAGAAUCAUGAAACUGGAGCCUCCUGAAAAUUUUGAAGAUGUUGCUAUCACAUUUUCAGAUGAAGAGUGGAUAAUGUUAAGUGAGAAGAAAAGGAAGCUGUACAGGAAAGUGAUGGUACAGAAUUAUGAAAUGAUGACUUCUUUAGGCUACUGCAUUCCAGAGGAAGAGCUGUUGGCACUUAUUGAAAGGAAGGUGGCACAACCUGGUAGUCGUGUUCAACAGAAACAGAAGAAGUGCAAGGAUCUUUAUCCAAAAGGUACUCAGCACUCUGCAAAACCUGUCAUCUCUCAAUCAGAACUUCUAGAAGGCCUUGAAAAAUUUGCUGGCAAAAUAAAAUUUAAAUACUCCUCCCAUCAAACAAGUUUCUCUGGUGAAGUACCGUUACUUAAAAAUACCAUCAAAUGCCAUCCAGUGAAUCACCUAGUAAAAAGUUUUGGACAGAAAACUAAAAAAGCAUGUGGUCUGAGAAGAAAUGCUGAAGACAAGCACUCUAAAUUCAGUACAUCAAAGAAGACUGUUGCCGAAUACAAAAGGAGUCAGAUGACACCUGAAGCACAUCAGCACACGGAUUGUGAAAAAAGGUUCCAGUGCAAACAACGUCAUGCCAGACAACAGUGUAAUCCUACAGAUGAGAAGCUGAUAAAAGGUGCUGCUUGUGGACCGAGUUCUAAACACAGAACUGACUUGAAUGAAAAACACCAGCCAGAUCAAAAUAAUAAACUUACGAGUGAAAAUUCUGUCAAACAUGCUGAAUAUGAUAGUCAUGUAAAUAGAUUUCAGAGUAAGAAACCCCAGCAAGUUCAGUCUAAGGAAAAAGCCCAUAAAUGUGCCGAGUGUGGUAAGUGUUACAAACGUAAGACACAUCUUCGUAGACAUCAACUGAGUCAUACUGGAUUAAAUCAUUAUGAGUGUAAAGAUUGUGGAAAGGUGUACAAAGCCAAAAGUACACUUUACCGCCAUCAGUGGGUACAUGCAGAGAUUAAGCCAUUUGAAUGUACUGUGUGCCGGACCGUUUUUGUAAAGAAAGCUAAUUUUAAAGCUCACAGUUUGAUACAUAAAUCAGAAAAUAUGUUUAAAUGCAGUGAUUGUGGGCGAACAUUCACUCGGAAACAUUCACUCUUAGAACAUCAGUUUAUUCAUGCUGAAGUGAGACCGUUUAAGUGCAUCACAUGUGGGAAGAGUUUUGCUAGGAAUAAUCGACUUGUUAGACAUGAGAUGAUUCACACACAAGAGAAGCCUUUUAAAUGUACUGAAUGUGGAAAAUGUUUCAAUUACAGACCACAUCUUACUAGACACCAGCUAAUUCACACAGUGAAGCCUUUUGUGUGUGAAGUGUGUGGAAAGGGUUUUAGAAGAGAAAAUCAUUUCCUCAGCCAUCAUUUAGUGCACACAGGAGAGAGGCCUUUUGAAUGUAGUAAAUGCUGGAGAACGUUUGCAGAGAAAGCUGAAGUCUCUCAGCAUGAGAAACUCCACAGCCAGGAAUGCAAGUUUACAUGUUCUGACUGUGGAAAGAUUUACUCAUCUAAAACAAGUUUCUAUCGACACCAGCAAAUUCAUACAAGUAAAAUUUGAACAUGUGCAAGAAACAGACAAAUGUAGGUUUUGUAAAACAGAAUUGGAAACAGCCGCAUGUCUUUCUGCUGGUUGCGACACACUAAUGGCAGAAGGACUGUAUACUGAAAG